ACACACUCCAGGCUGACAUGUCUCGAGUGGAGAGCGGCGAGGCGGUGCAGUGUGAGAAAGAACUGGCCUGUUACCUGCAGGACUGUGAGUCUCUGAUCAGACAACUCAACCAGGAGCUCAAAGUCCUCCGAGAUGAGAAAUACUACCAGGUGGAACAGCUGGCGUUCAGAGUGUCUUGCCUUCAAGAGGAGCUGGUCUCCCUCAGACUUCAAUGCUCCAGUGUCUACAGGAAAGGACAUUUCUCUCAGGCCCUGGGCAGCACCGGGGCCGAGCACACCAGCCAGCGUGCCACUGACAGCGGCCUCUCGCUGGGGCAGACGCUGCUGGGAGCUGUGGGAGCUGUCGGAGCCGCACUCCUGCGGCAACCCAUGGCUCGCUCCCAGCUGGUGGCCAUGUCUUCAUCAGAGGAUGAAGGAAGCCUGAGGUUCAUCUACGAGCUGCUCGGAUGGGUAGAGGAGACACAGGAGCUGCUGGAACGUGCUGAAUGGGGCGCAGACCUCCCCUCUGUAGAGAACAACCUCCAAGAGCACAACAACAUACACACUGCAGUGGAAGAGCUGAUGAGCAGCCUGCAGGAGGCACGCAGCUAUGAGGCCAAAGUUUCCCCCAACUUCAAGAGCAGUUACUCUGAAACCCUGGCCAAGCUGGAGCACCAAUACUGCAAACUACUGGAACAUUCGUCAUGGCGCCUGCGGAGCUUGGAGAGCCUGCAUGCGUUUGUGUCGCACUGCACUGAGGAGCUGAUCUGGCUCAAUGAGAGGGAGGAGGAGGAAAUCGCCUACGACUGGAGUGACAGCAACACUAACACGAACGCCAAGAGAGAAUUAUACAGUGAAAUGAGGUUAGAGCUGGAUGAGAAACGAGAUGUGAUGCGGUCACUCCAGGAAACAGCCAGCCGUCUGUGUCAGGAGAACCAUCCAGCCAAACAGACUGUGGAGGCGUACAGUGCAGCCCUGCAGACUCAGUGGCAGUGGGUGGACCAGCUCUGCGUAUGUGUAGAGCAACAUCUCAAAGAUAAUACGGCGUAUUUCCAGUUUAUGAGUGAUGCUCGGGACUGUGAGUCAUACCUGCGCCAGCUUCAGGAAACCAUCAAGCGACAGUACACCUGUGACAAGAACAGCAGACUGAGCAAACUGGAAGACCUGCUGCAGGACUCCAUGGAGGAGAAGGAGCAGCUGAUUGAGUACCGGAGUACGGUGGCAAGUCUGGUGGGCCGGUCCAAGACGGUAGUGCAGCUCCGCCCCCGCAGUGCAGAGAGCACCCUGGGAGCCACCACACCCAUCAAAGCCAUCUGCGACUACAGACAAAUAGAGACAAACGUUCAGAUCACAAUAAGCCGAGGAGAGGAGUGUGUGCUGGAGGACAACUCUCAGAGGACCAAGUGGAAGGUGAUCAGCCCCACAGGGAAUGAGGCCAUGGUCCCCUCAGUGUGUUUCAGCAUCCCACCUCCGAACCAGGAGGCCAUCGACACAGCCAGCAGGACAGAGCAGUUGUACCAGAAGGUCAUGUCUCUGUGGCAUCAGCUCCAUGUGAACAUGAAGAGCGUGGUGUCCUGGCACUACCUGCUCAAAGACAUCAGGACAGUUUCUGGAUGGAACCUGGACAUGGUUCGAUGUCAGUCUCCGUCAGAGCGGCAGCAGGUCCUAGAUCACCUGGAGUCCCAGUUGGCCGACUUCCUGUCUGACAGCAAAGAGAGCUCUCUGUUCACGCCGGCCGAAAGACGAGAGCUGGAGAAGGACGUUCAGCAGGCCCAGCAGCACUGCCAGGACCUGCUGCUCAACAUGGAGACAGUGGAGAAGGAUGAGUCAGUCUCUCGGUCGUACCUGUCGGAGCUGCAGAACAUCACCCUCCGUCUAAAUGAGGCUGAGCAGAGACUGAUGAGGGGAAUUCAGACUCCGCCCCCCAGCAGACUGUCAGCAGACUGCACCGACAACACCGUGCAGAUUGCAGAGCAAGAGAAGCUGCAGUCAGAGCUGGAUGCCCUGCGCUCCAGUUUGGGUGACGUGUCUCGUCGCUGCGUCAGUUUCUUCGAGGAGAAGCCAACGUCCUCCAGCGUUCCUGUCCUCCGGUCUGAGCUCAGUCAGGCUGUGGAAAAGACAGACAAACUGCACAACCUAUCGUCUGUCUACCUAGAAAAGUUAAAGACGGUAGACGUCCUGAUUCGCAGCCUGGAUGAGGUGGAGAGCCAGGUCAGAAAGUAUGAGAGCAGACUAAGUGAAGAGGACAUAGUUCCUGCGGACACCACAGCCAUUCAAAACCUCAGAGAUCAACUAAGGAAGUGGCAGGCUGAGCUUGCCGAGCAGGAGGGCAUCUUCCAGUCUCUGCAGUCUGCUGUACGUCGUGCCAAAGAAGCCGGGUCGCAGCUCAGCAGGCUCCACCCUGACCGCAGCCCUGAGCUGGAGCUCUACCAGGAGAGAGCCAAUCAGAUGGCAGAGAGGUGGAGUGGAGUGAAGAAACAGAUGGAGACACGACAAACGGAUCUCGAAGCUCUGGGUUCGUCCCUGCAGCAGUACAGAGACGGUUACUCUGCUUUGAUCAGGUGGAUCGAAGAGACGACAGAGAGACAAGAAAACACACAACCUGGACAGACUGACAGCAAAGCGCUGUCUGAACAGCUGGCCCAGCAGACGGCAUUAGUAGUCGAGAUUGAACAGAACCAGACCAAACUAGAUGAUUGCCAGACUCACUCCAAACAGUACUGCACCUCAGUGAAGGACUAUGAGCUACAGCUGAUGACAUAUAGAGCCUUUGUAGAGUCGACACACAAGUCACCUGUCAAGAGGAGGAGGAUGCACUCUUCCUCUGACGCCAUCACUCAGGAGUUUAUGGACUUGCGAACGCGCUACACGGCCUUGGUCACCUUGACAACCCAACAUGUAAAGUACAUCAGUGAUGCACUGAGAAGACUAGAAGAAGAAGAGAAAGAGGUGGAGGAGGAGAAGCAGGCCAGGGUCAGCCAGGUUUCAGAUCUGCUGGGCUGGGUCAAAGGCCUCCAGGGACGGACCGGGGGCCCCAACGCUGAGUCUUCACUUGCUGCUCAACAGGCCAUCAGCGAACAGUUAGCAGCCAAGAAGGAUGAAGUGGCCGAAGCCAUUAGGAGCACACAGGUCUUCCUGCUAUCGAAACAGGCCAGCAAGUUGUCCCCAGAGGAGCGUGCUCAGGUGGAGGCUCAGCUGGAGCAGUUAACAUCCACCUAUAACCAGAUGUGUGACAGCUCCACCCAACAGCUGCAGCAGCUGGAGCAACAACUUGCCAAAGAGGAAGAAAGAAAGAACCAAAUUGCCAUCGCUGGAGUAAUCGACCUGGGAACUGUGGAAACAUUCCCAGUGUUCCAAGCAGCCCAACGUGGUCUUAUUGACCAGGACACCUGCCAUGUGCUACUGGAAGCCCAGCUCAUUAUGGGUGGGCUUGUCCAGCCUGACUCACCUCUCAAUCUUUCGCUGGAACAAGGUCUAGAUCAAGGCCUAAUUGACGCCCAUACCAGACAGUCCCUUUCUGAGCUAGAGAGUGCCUUACUGUUGGUGGAAGAUACUAAAUUUGGAGGUGACAAACAGCAAAAUGUGUUGCCAGUAGCUACGGCCAUGGAGUUUGGGCUCAUCAAAGAGGAAGUGGGACUCCGUAUUCUAGAACUUCAGAUGAACACUGGAGGCCUGAGAGACUCAACAGGAAAAAUGAUGAGUUUGGAGCAAGCAGAAGACAUGAGACUUUUGACUCCCAGAACUCUCACCAAACUCCAGUCAAGGCUACAACACAGGGAGCUGAUCGAUCCAAACACAGCUGAAAAAUUAAACUUACAGGAGUUACAGCAGCGCUGUGUCUUCGAUGAUGACUCAGGUCUCCUUCUCUUCCCUGUCAAACAACAGCCCGGAGGAACUGUCUGCCUCCGCUCUGGAAGAAAAGUUGGCAUCUUCCGUGCAGUCCAGGAAGGCCUCAUUGAUCGAAAAGUUACUGUACGACUUCUUGAAGCUCAGCUCUUUGCCGGUGGUAUUGCUGACCCACGCUCAGGCCACCGGCUAACAGUUGAUGAAGCAGUUCGUCAUGGGCUUAUGGACCAGGAUCUAGCAUGUGCCAUGUUUGCGCGUCAGCUGCAAAAUGGGGGAAUUCUAGAUCCUUAUAGUAGAGAACGCCUGGAUUUGGACGAAAGUGUACGCAGAGACCUUCUCUCCUCUCGUUUGGCUCUGUUGGUCCUUGAGUCUCUUUGGGCUUUCAUGGGACUUCUCUGGCCUGAAUCUGGAGAACUUCUGCCCAUUGCUGAGGCUCUUCAACAAGGAAUGGUCUCAGGAGAGCUAGCAAGAAACAUCCUAACACAGCGUCAUGCCAUUGGGGCUCUGUACAACCCAGAAACCUUCCAGGUGCUGCCCCUAAACCAGGCUGCUGAAGAGGCCCUUGAGCCCAGUGUAGUCAGUUUUCUCAAAGAGAUCCACAUCCCAGAUGUUCUUCUCAACAUGAAUCAGCCUGGUACACCAUCUCUAAACCGCCUGAGCUGGGGUUCCACCAACUCCUCUCCCCCUCCAUCCUCUCCACCCCCUUCAUCAUCUCCUGCAAGCCUUGUGUGGGAUCCUAAACCAACAGAUGGAAUGGAUCCUGAAGAACAAGCAAAACACAAGCUGCUAUUUCACCUCAUGACUCACAGCUAUGUGGAUGCUCAUUCUGGAAAACGGCUGGUGCUGCUAGACCCUGAGCUGGUGGAGUUGGUGAAAGCUACUGAACUGGUUGCUGGAGACACUGCAUAUGGACGCCAGGUUGAACCUCUAAGCACUUUUGCCACAGAUAAGCAGGGGAAGUUGCAAACGGAGAGAGAGCUUAGUUUGACAGAUGAAGGAGUUAGUAACAAACAAACUGAAGACGAGGACGAAAGUUCCACUGUAGUCACACCAAUCAAGGAUGUCGAGAUCUAUGGUACAGGUAGCCUAGAAGAAAGGUAUGAAGGAGAAGACCAGAAACAGUCAGUAAUUAUAGAGAGUGAUUUAGCCUUUGCAGCUGAAAAUGAAAUUGAUGCGGAUAAAGAAGCAAUAGUAAAAGCUAAAAAGAAGGAAAAGUCCAAUCUUGAAAGUUUAAUGGUUUCAGCUGAGGCCACAGGAGAGCUGGUAGGAACAGAAUCCAGGGAUAGGGAUGGUUUGGAGACUGCAAGUAUAACCACAACAGUAGAUGGAAAGAUGGCUCCAUUCAAAUCAGAAGAAGAUAUUGAAAAGAAGAUAUUGAAAGAAUCCAUUUCACUAGGAGCAAAAACAAAUGAAGAUGUUGAUGUAACACAGUCUGAAGACAGGAAAGAUCUAAAACAUUCCCCGACUGAUCCAGAAAGGAUCAAACAGAAGGCACCUGUAAGAGAGACUGACCCAAACAUUACUAAGCCUCUUGAAUCAGCAGUGGAGACGAAAGGAGAGGAUGCCGAGUUGGCAAGGUUAGUUCUAGAGCUUAAGCAGGGAGGACUGAUGACAGAAGAAGGGGAAAAGCUGCUCCCAGAUGAAGCAGUAGCCCAGGGUGUCCUCCCAGGCCACACUGCAGUUAAAUUAAUGGCUCAAGCAGGUUUGUUUGGAGGAUUCCUAGAUGCUAGCAGUGGUGAGUCACUUAGCAUGGAGGAUGUUAUGCAGGAGGGUUUACUUGAUGAAGAUCUGAUGUGGAGUGUCCUGAAGUCAGAUAAAACCCUUGCAGGAAUUGUGGAUGAAGAGAAAAGGCAGAUCUGCGGGGUAAGGGAGGCAGCCAAGGCAGGGCUGAUUGACCCCAACACCGCUGCUCGACUUCUAGAAGCCCAGGUGGCAUCUGGAGGGAUAGUUGACCUGCGUAGGGAUAAGAAAGUCUCUGUCACUCUUGCAGCAAACCUGGGACUGAUUGAUGAGGAUCAAAGAGAAGAACUUGUGGCACUCGAGAAGGCAUACAAAGGAAAAGAUACAGAUUUAGGAACAGCUCUCACAAAAGCCAGUUUACAGCUACAAAUGGAAGGUGUUAUUGACCCAGAGUCUAAGUCUCCAGUUCCUCUGGAGCGAGCAAUUCAGAAAGGGUUGAUUAAGGCAGAGGAGGCUUAUCAGGUGUUGGCAAGGCAAGUGGCAGAGGGUGGUAUAAUACAUCAUGUUUCAGGAAUGAGACUUUCAGUCUCGGAUGCUGUAGAUAGGGGAUUAGUGGAUCGGUCUAUCGCUCCUGGCCUGGAGGAACUAGAGUGGGUCUACCAAGGAAAAGUCAGCCCUUCAUCUCACCCAGAUGCUGUUGUUUUCCAGGCAUCGACAGGGGUUAUUUUAGACCCUGACUCUGGAUGUAAACUGACAUUGACAGAGGCAGUUGCUAAGGGUCUCCUGAAUGAGAACAUAGCCGCCGAGGCCAUGGCUUCUCCCACAGUGACACAAGGAACGCUUGACCCCCAAACUGCACGUAUUGUGCCUUAUUCAGAACUUGUAAACCAGGGUAAGAUAGAUAUUGAAACAGGUAAACGUUUCUUGGAGGUGAAACCAUUCAGAGGCAUUAAGGAUGAGCAAACAGGAGACAGUUUUACCCUUUCUGAGGCAGUAGCAUCAAAGCAAGUUGACCCAGUUCCAGCAUUGAGGCUACUCCAAAGCCAGGCAGAUAGUGGAGGGAUCAUCGACAUCAAGUCUGGAGAAAGGCUCCCCCUAUCUGAAGCUUGUAGAAGAGGUUUAGUUGGAGAUGACAUGGUCAAGGUAAUAGCCACCAACCAGAUUCUGAAAGGAGGUUUAGUUGAUCCCACAACUGGACAACAGGUCUCUAGUCUCAGUGAUGCUGUUGCAGUAGGACUGAUAUCCAGUGACGUGGCUUCAGAGAUUCAGUACAAAGUGGCGCAUGCAGAGUUAGAAGAUUAUGAAGAUCGUUCUACACCAGUUGCCUCAUCAAAUGGCACAUACAGCCCUGCUAUUGUAUUGUCAGUGUCAAGCCCAGACAGUCCAGCUAAGUGGUCAGAUGAAAACACUGAGGUCCCUUCAAAAUCUCCACUUUCAAAGAAAGGUUUAGGAGCUGCAAAGGACAAUGGAAAGGCAGUAACAUCUGUAGUAUCAGAUCAGUCACUGUUUUAUGACACUACUACAGAAGAGGACAAAGUAGAAGUGCCAGUGUCAGUUGAAGAGAAGUCUUUAAUUGAGUCGGACCAGUCCAUGGACCUCUUGUGUAAUUUUGCAGCCAAUGUUGAGAAAAGAAUUCAGCAAGCCAUAGAAGAGAUAACACCACAGAAGGACACCAAUAAAACAGAGAGUCUUCCUAAACAGAAAGUGACUGAUGAGAAACUGGAGAUACAUGACAGUAAGACUGAUGAUAAAGAAAAAGAGAGUGUUUUCAUUGAUUCUGCUGGAGAAUCCUUGCAUGCACGUAUCUCUGACAUUGUGAAGGUUGGGGAAAAGGAGUAUAGACUCAGUGAUGAGAGCACAUCAGUGGCUGAUCAUGUUUCUGAAACUGGAAGCCUGACAAGUUCUGUGCAGAUUAGAGAUGACAGAGAAAGCAAAAACAGCAAUGACUUGUCAAAACUGAGUGAGGGGGAAUAUAGAAAGAGCAGUGAUGGUUUAGAUGGUAAGGAUAAAGCAGUGGAAAGAGAGAAACCUUUAACGACUGAGAUCAAAUCUGGUGUAGAGCAGUCAGAGCAAUUAUUAACUUCUCAAUUGAAAGAGACAGAAAGCAAGAGCAAGAAAAAGAGGAAGAAUAAAAAGAAGGGAAAGGGUAAAGAAGCAGAGAGUGAAAUACAACCCCCAGAGAUACAACAUCCAUCUGAAAUUGACCGGGCUGAUGCAGAAAUUGAAGAGCAGCCUGAGGCUACAGUUGAAGGGAAAGAUGAGUUUGCAUCACAAGAUAAAUGCGAGAAAUUGCAAAUUAAUGGUCGUGGAGCUUCUCUGGGCUCUCUCCAAGGAGAACGUGAAGCGAAUAUUGAAGCUGAAAAUGAUUUGGUAAAACAGGGAAAAGAAGCAGUUCCAGGCUCUCUGGAAUUAACAGAACAUACUAUUGAACCUGAAAAGGAUGCACUAAAAAUUACCCUUUCUAGGGAUAUUGAAGAAGGUGAUGAGAGAGAGGAGAUAAAAAGAGAGAAGCAGAAAGAGAUUGAAGUUGAAGAGAAAGAUUCUGUCUCUCCACAACCAGAGAGUGGUCAGGAGGUAAAGAAAAGGAAGGAGCAAGAAUUGCCUCAGAAAUCAACUCUACCAGACAACAAGAAAGCAGCCUUGAUACUGAAAGCCAAAGAGAGCAUUCUUAAAAAGGUCUUUGAAAAAGGAGUGAGUGAGAAGCAAGCUGCUGAGGAGCUGCAGGCACUUCGCAAAGAGGGGGGAAGGAAGGAGAGUCAAGGCACAACUGUUAGAGAUGUAAAGACAAAAACUCUGCCUUAUGAUCCCGAAGAUGAUAGUGUCAAGAGACUGAAUGUUUCACCAAAAGAAAGUGAAGAAGAGAUGAGUGUCAAAGAAGGCAAAAUGAAACUGACAGUGGUCACAGAAGAUAUGGCUGUGGAUAAACUUUCUGUCAAGGAGGGUAUGGAGACCAAACCAAUGAAGGCUCCUUCAAAAGAGAGAGAAAAGGCCAGGAGUUCUGUAAAGGAAGACAUACAAAAAGAUGUUGAGUCAGUUCCGUCAGUCCAACCUAAAGAAAUUCAGCAAAGUAAACGAAGUAAGAAAAACAAGAAGUCCAAGAGUCCAAAAGUGUCAGACAAAGCUGAGCCUGAUGCUGAGAAGUUAACAACGGAUGAAAAAGUGGAUUCUGAGGUGACAACAACAAAACUUGCACUGGCUAAAUCAAAUUUAGAUAGCUCAGCUUUGACGAAGGAGCAGACGAUGGACAGACAGUCUGAUGAUCUGUCAACCAGUGAUGUUGUCCAGCCUUCAGCUGGUGAUAAGGCAAACAAAAUGGAAACUGCUGCAAUUACUGUUAAAGGAGCUGAGAGCAAGCAACAAAGUCUACCAUCCGAGGAACCCAGGUCUCACAUUGAGGAACACAUACAAGUCACAGAGGUUACAUCUACUGGGAAAGAAGAAUCCCUUUCAGAAAGCAGAAGUGAAGACGAAUCCAUUGACUCUUCUCAGGGGGCUGUCACAUGCAAACCAGAUAUCCAGCCCACAGCUCAGUCUGUGGCUCCUGGCACACAACCAGAUAAAACAGCUGGAAAAAGUAAAAAGAAGAAAGGUCACCAACCAUCAGGAGUUGAAAGUAUCGAUGUUUCUAAAUCUAAAUUCUCAAAAGACCAACUGCAAGAGCUUGAGUCUCCAGAAUCAGCACCUUCGUUCUCAGAAGAUGCUUCAACUGAGUCUGAAUCACCUGGAGUCCCUGAGUCUGAUACAGCCACUGAGAGUUGGGGAGAGGAGGAGGAUGAUAUCAGAGAGAGACACGAAAUUGUGUCAAAGAAAGAGGGGACGACAUCCAUCACUGGCAAGCAGUCAUCAUUAAAGCGUCAGGAAUGUUUGGAGCAUGACCAGCGAAUCAUAGCCCUGGUCUCCAUGGUCAGACACAUCGAGGUCCGACUCAAACAGCAGCAACAGCAGUCUGUCGGCCGCAGCCUCAUUGCCCUGGAUGAUAUCAUCAGACAGACUGAGACUCUGGACCUUGAACUGCGCGACUUGGAGCCUGAGAUUGCCAAGGAAGUGGAGGCUGCUGAGCAACUGCUGAAUCCCCAACCUAAAGAUGUUCCGCCUCAGCUCCUAUUGGCCCUGGAAAAGGAUGGGCGUAGCUUGGCUCGAGGGUAUGAGGCUGCCAGAGCACUCUCUGAGGGCAUUCUGCAAAGCCUGCGAGACCACAGAGACUCAUACAAGGAGGCAGUGACAGCUGAGCAGAAGUCACUUGGAGCACAAGUGGAGGGUCUGCUCUCUUGGUUGAAGGAGACGGAGGCUCAGAUGGAUGGAGGAAUGGCAGGGAUGGAAAAAAUGGAUGAAGCAGAGAAAGACGACAGCCGUGAUCAGCUCACACAGCAGCUGAACCUUUGCAGGGAGCUGCAGACCUCUCUGAUGGCUCGCUCCAAUGAGGUCAACAACGUGGCCUUUGAAAUUCAGGUGUUCAUCUCAGAGCGGGCUCAGGACCUGGCCCCGGAGCAGAGCAGGCAGCUCCUGGGGCAGCUCCAGCAGCUGCAGAAGGCCUUCCACAGGGCUUCAGGCCAAGCCCAGGCCUGGGCUGAUGCCCUCUCUGCCCAGAGAGAGAGGGAAGAGGAAUGGCAGCGCAGGGAAAGGGUGAAAGAAGAGGAGAAGGACAGAGAAAGGCAGAGUGCAAGGGAGAGAGAGGUGGUCCAACAGCAGAAAGCCGAAUGCUCUCAGAAACUCGAGGGCCUCACCAUGUGGUUGGCUGGAGCUGCCAGUUUGCUGGCCAGUCAGAAUGCUGGAGCAGAGUCAGGUGACGUGAACAUCCUGCAAGAGAAGCAGAAAAAGCUAAAGGAUGUACAGAAGGAGCUGCAGACUAAAGGUGAGGGCAUAGCUGAGGCCAUCCGCUCUGUGGAGGACUUCCUGGCAGAACGGGGAGAAAGUCUGAGCCCAGAGGAGAGGGCGAACCUACAGGGGGCACUGGCAAGAAUGAAAGAGCAGUACAGCGCCCUAACGGAUUCAGCAAACAUGUCACUGUCAGAGCUGGACACAGCCAUCAGCACCACUGUGCAGCAGAACACACAAAGGGCAAAGGCAGUGGAGGAGCUCCAAGAGACACGAGGCCAGAUAGACUCUCUGCUGAAUGAGUUGUCUUCCCUUAACCAACCCGGCAGAAAAGAAGUUGCAGCAAGUCAAGAUGUUCGCGAUACACCGUUCUCACAGCCAGAGGGCGCUGUCAUGUCACACACAGAGAUGCUGCAGGCGGAGCUUCAGCAGCUCCAGGCUCAACAGGCACAGCUACUUCAAAUCACCCAGUCAGCUCGAUCUCUUCUGGACCAACCUGACUCGACUGUUCCUCCUGAAGAGAAGCAGCGACUCCGGGCUGCCGUGGACCAGCUGCAGGCCCAGCACCAGGACAGACUGCAGAGCUGCCAGGACCGUCUGAGGAAGUCUGAAGCUCUGAAGGAUGAGCUGACAAAGUUCCUCCAAGAACAUGGAAGUCUAGAUGCCUGGCUGGAACAGAGCGAACAGGAGCUCCGUUCCUUAGGGGAAGGAGAAACUGAUGCACAAGGACUGAAGGGCCGGCUGGAGGAGCACAGGAAGCUCGCUGAGGAUAUAAUUUGUCACAAAGCAGACCUGCGUUUCGUCUCCAUCUCCGGUCAGAAAGUUCUAGACUCUGUUCAAGGAGCUCUGGAGCAAGUUGGUGGUUCAGACCCAGCUCUGGAGAGCACCAAGCAGCUGGUAGCUGACAGACUACAGGAUGUUAACCACAGAUACACAACCCUACACACCAAGUCAACAGAGUUGGGUGGUCGUUUGUCCGGCCUGUUGGAGAGGUACCAGCAGCACCAGGAUGAGGUCGUCUCACUCCACUCAUGGCUCAGCACUCAAGAACAGAACCAAAGCAUAGCCAAGCCCAGCGUGGACACAGACCCACAGAACCUCCAGAACACUCUGCGACAAGUACAGCUGCUGCAGGAUGAACUGGCAGAGCGCUCAGUGCAGCUGGAGAAGGUGAAGAGAGCGGGAAGAGAUCUGGUCAGCACUGAUGAAUCUCCCUCCCUGAAAGCUGUUGACAUCCUCUGUGCUGCAGAUGGUUUAGAGAAGAGAUUUUGCUCCCUCUCUGCUUCUGUCUCCGAGCGGGCCGAACAGCUCCAGACGGCCGUGGCCCAGUCUGUCAGUGUCCAGGAGGGCCUGAAGGGUCUACUCAGCUGGCUGGACAAACUGGUUCUAAAGCCAGGACCAGUGGAGCCCACCGCACAGGCCGUACAAGACGCCCUUACCCAAAAUCAGAAACUUCGGCAGGAGCUGCUCUCCAGGCAGGGCAGUGUGGAAGCAACGCGAGACGCUAUUUCCAAACUCCUUCAGAGCUCUGAUGCCUCCACAGCCUCAGGCCUCCAAGGAGCUUUAGACGAACUGACUCAGCGCUACACUGCAGCACAAGCCAGCCAGGCUGAGAGGGAAUCUGAGCUCAAAGGGCUGUUGCCCAGACUAGAGAGCUACGAGCGGCUGGGGACCGACCUCCAGGUCUUCACCCAGACCCGACUGAAGGCCCUGAGCCCGGUGGGCCAGCCAGACCGCGGCGUGGAUGACUACAGGCAAACCAUUGAGGAGGUCAGGUCGGAGCUGGAGCAGGAAGCUGGCCAGCUGAAGUCCUUCUGCAACCUCGGCACCGAGCUCAGCCAGGCAAACGCUUUCAGCAACUCCCAGAGCUUAUUGGAUAAUGUCAAAGGGGUGUCUGAUGAGUUCACCCAACUGGAAGCAAAUGUCAACGAAAGGUUUGCUGCCAUCCAGGCCUGCGAGCAGCAGCUGCUUCAGUUCCGCGGGCUCUCUGGCUCCCUCCUCAGGUGGCUUCAGACAGCACAGGACCAGCUGCCCCCCAAAGAGGCCAACCUCAACACAGAGGGCCUGCAGAGAAGAGUCCAGCAGCUCAAGGACUUGUUGAACGACUGGGAGUCGCAGGGAUCCAGGGUUCAGGAGCUGAACAAGGCCGGCUCAGAGCUGGAGUCCCUUAUCAUCGACAUCACUGCUCCUCAGACCAAAACUGGUGCUCCUCAAAUCAAUGGCUCAGCAGGUCCCAGCAGUGUCAAUGGCAUUCACACCUGCAAAGACCUGACGGAGCUCCAGGUGGCCGUGUCCGAUGUAAAUGGUCGAUAUGAGACGCUGGGCGGAGAGUUGAAAGAACGUCUUGGCCGCCAGCAGGCCUCACUGGAGCUGAGGCAGAAGGCAAGGCAGGGCACAGAGGAGCUCAAGAGCUGGCUGACAGACAAAGAGCACAGCCUGAAACAGGGACAGACCGCCUCCCCCUCCAAACCUGAGGUGGUACGUGCCCAGGCUCAGGAGAACAAGGCCCUGCUCUCUGAGCUGGCUGAGCACACUGGGAAGGUGGAGGAACUGAAGAGCACACUGAGGAAGCUGAUUGCUGACAACCCUGAUUCUCCUGAGGCAGACAGCUGGAGACAACAGCUGCAAGAGAUAGACUCCCGCUGGCAGACAGCCAAUCAAGCCGCAGCCCAGAGGCAGACCGAGCUUGAGACGUGUGCCGAUAGGCUGGGCAGCUUUGCCUCGGCAGCCAAUCAGCUGGGCCCGUGGCUGAGGGAGAAGGAGCUGAUGAUGAGCGUGCUGGGACCACUGAGCAUCGACCCCAACAUGCUCAACACGCAGAAACAACAAGUGCAGUUCAUGCUGCGUGAGUUUGAGACCAGGAGGCCCCAGUUUGACCAGCUUACCCAGUCCGCCAAGGGUAUUCUCUCCCAGACCUGUGACUCUGCUCAGGACCCUAAGGACCUGGCAGAGGUGCAGACCGAGCUGGACUCCAUCUCCCAGCAGUGGGAGGACCUGACAAACCGACUCACUCAGAGGUCAAACCACAUCGACCAGGCCCAAGGAACCAGUGAACGGUACCAGGCCUUGCUGAGAGAGCUCUCAUCCAGUGUUUCUGCUCUGAGUGAGAGGCUGGAUGCUCAGGCCUCACUGAGCGCUCAGCCCGAGGCGCUGAAACGUCGCCUGCAGGAAACCGGAGAGAUCCGCUCCGAGCUGGAGAGACGGCGGACCGAGCUGGCCGAGGCCGAGAGGCUCUGCCAGGAGCUGAGUGCCAUUGUAGCUGAACCCUACCUGAAGGAAGAGCUGAAUAAACGACUGGAGAGUGUCAGCGGGCCACUGAAGAGCUUGGAGGAGCGUGCAGCUGACGGUCUGUCCCAGCUCCAGGCAGCCCUGUCGUCCACCCAGCAGUUCCAGCAGAUGUUUGAGGAGUUGCGCUCCUGGCUUGAUAAGCAAGCAGAUCCCAGAGAAUCAUCUACCGAGUCCGUGCCUUGCCAGCCGGAGGCCAUCCGCUCCCUGCUGCCUCAGACAGAUGAGCUCCAGCGCGGUAUUGCCAGUCAGCGAGGUUCCUACGAGCUGAUUCAGGCUGAGGGAGCGUCGCUGCUUGCCACUCUCCCAGCAGGAGGAGACGAACGUUCUGCCCUUCAGUCCCACCUGGCCUCCUUGCGACAGGACUGGGAGGGGUUGAACCAGAGAAUCUCAGACCGUGAGAGCAGACUGAAGAACACUCUGAGCAAAGCAGAAACCUACCAGCAGCACAAGGCUGAGCUGAUACCGUGGUUAUCGGACUGUGAAGAGAAAGAUGGAGAGAUCCAGCCAUCACUGGAUUCGUCUGCCCUGGACGAGGCCUUGCAGAAGGUCCGAGGGCUGUCACUGGACCUCGAGCGACGACAGCCUCUCCUCGAAGCCUUUAAUACUGCAGCUGAUCAGCUGCUGGAACAGUGCUGCACUGGGGAGGAAGAGGUACGAGAUGAGAAGGCCCAGCUGAACCGCAGGGUUGAUGGUCUUGGAGAGAGACUCCAUAACCGCACCUCCCAGCUGGAGGAACUGGCUGGCCGCCUGAAGGAAUUUGAAGAGGGCAGACAGGCUGUGGAGCGGAGGCUGGAGGCUGCCAAGCACCAGAUUGAAGUCCAGGAGGCUCUGGGACCUCAGGCAUGCAGUGCCAAGAGUCUGGAGCGCUUGAGAAGUCAGCAGGAGAACCUGAGGUCCCUGCAGCCUCAGGUGGUCUACCUCAGAGACCUGGCCCAGGGGCUGGUGCAGGAUGCACCUCAGACCAUGGGAAGCAGCUCUGAAGGGGCACAGAGGCUUCAGGAGCAGGCGAAAAGCACAGAGAAAGAGUAUGAGGACGUUACUGACAAGAUCGAACAGUGCUGCUCCUCCCUGGAGUCUCGUCUGCAGGGCGUCGGCGAGGUCCAGUCUCACGUGCGUGACGUCUUCUCACGCCUUGCCGACCUUGAUGAUGAACUGGACUCCCUCAGCCCCGUUGGACGUGAUGCAGACUCCCUGGCCUCUCAGGCGGAUGCCCUGAAGGGCUUCUUGUCCCGUCUGGCCAACCUGAGGACGGAGCUGGAGGGCCAUUCGUCAGAGUGUACCAGUAUGCUGCGGCGAGAGGGCUCCUCCCCCGAUCUCCUCGCUCUCAGGAGGGAGACUGAAGCUCUGAACCGCCAAGCUGGCAAGCUGAACGAGCGCGGCCAGGCCAGGUUGGACCAGAUCGAGGACGCCGCCGGGAGGGUGCGGGAGUUCUACAGGCUGGUGGCUGAGCUGCAAAGCCUGCUGGGAAGGGCUGAAGAGGGGCUGAAUGCGCAGGGCAUGGUCGGCACAGAGGUGGAGAUGAUCAAACAGCAGUUGCAGGAGUUCAAGGCUGUGGAGAGAGAACAGGUGGACAGCAUUCAACCAAAGCUGCAGCACGUCAACGCAGUGGGUCAGGGUCUGAUCCAGAGCGCCGCCAAACACACCGACACCCAGGCGCUGGAGCACGACCUGGAGACAACCAACCUCCGAUGGAACUCACUCAACAAGCGGGUGGCAGAACGGAUCGCCCAGCUGCAGGAGGCCCUGUUGCAUUGUGGGAAAUUUCAGGAUGCUCUGGAGCCUCUUCUAAGCUGGCUGAGCGACACAGAAGAGCUGGUGGCCAAUCAGAAACCUCCAUCUGCCGAGUACCGUGUGGUCAAGGCCCAGAUCCAAGAACAAAAGCUGCUGCAGAGGCUGUUAGAUGACCGCCGGCCGACAGUGGAGAUGAUCCGCGCUGAAGGCGAGAGGAUCGCAGCCACAGCGGACACUCAAGACCGAGAGAAGAUCCAGACUCAGCUCCAGAGCCUGGCAGAGAGAUGGACUGACCUCCUAGACAAGGCCAGCGCCAGGCAGAGGCAGUUGGAGGAGCUGCAGGCUUUGGCUCUUCAGUUCCACGAAGCCCUGGAGCCACUGGGAGAAUGGCUGAGCGCCACCGAGAGACGCCUGAGCUCCGCCGAGCCCAUGGGAACCCAGACGGCCAAGAUCACCCAGCAGAUCAUCAAGCACAAGGCUCUCCAAGAGGACGUAUCCUCACGAGAAGCCGAGGUUGACCGCCUCGAGUCCCUCAGCCAAAUGCUGACCCCGCUCAGCUGUCCGGCAGACCGUGAUUGGUUAGGCGAGCGUGUGGGGGCGGUGAGGUCGGGUCACUCGGAGCUUGCCGAUUGGUGCUCGAGGCGGGCAGGCCUCCUGGAGCAGGCUCUGGCCAACGCUCAGCUGUUUGGAGAGGACGAGGUAGAGGUGCUGAACUGGCUGGCAGAGGUGGCUCAGAGGCUGGCUCAGGUCUCCGUCCAGAGCUACCAGCCUCAGCUGCUGGCUGAGCAGCACAAACACACUCUGUCACUAAAUGAGGAGAUCUUGAGCAGGAAGAAGACGGUGGACCAGGCCAUCAAGAAUGGACAAGCCUUACUCAAACAGACCACAGGUGAGGAGGUUCUCCUGAUCCAGGAGAAGCUGGAUGGCAUCAAGUCGCGUUAUGCUGAGAUGACGGCCGGCAGCAGCAAGGCCCUCCGCACACUGGAGCAGGCCCUGCAGCUCGCCACACGGUUCGCCAGCGCGCACGACGACCUCAACCAGUGGCUGGACGGCGUGGAGGCGGAAAUCAGCAAUGUGGAGCCUGACGCCACGCCAGCCUAUCAGGAGAGACAGAAGGAGCUGAAGAAAGUAUCAGCAGAGAAGCGUCUGGUGUUGGAUACAGUCAACGAGGUGGGCAGCGCUCUGCUGGACCUGGUGCCGUGGCGAGCCCGAGAAGGCCUGGACCGCCUGGUCGCCGAUGCCAACCAGCGCUAUCGCCAGGCUGAUGAAACCAUCACGCAGCGUGUGCAGCUGGUACAAGCUGCCAUCCAGAGGUCACAACAGUAUGAAGAGGCAGUGGACGCAGAGCUGGCCUGGGUUGGGGAGACGGAGCGCAAGCUAGCAUCUUUGGGGCCUCUGAGUCUGGAGCCUGACGUGACGGUGGCCCAGCUACAGGUGCAGAGGGCCUUCAACAUCGACAUCAUCCGACACAAAGACACCGUGGAUCAGCUCCUCAGCACCAGAGAUGACAUCUUGGAAACUUGCAGUGAAGCCCAGAAGGAUACACUGAUGGUAAAGACAGAUUCUCUGAGUGCUCGUUACGAUGCAGUGAGCCAGAGCCACAGUGAGCGGUUCUCAGCUCUGGAGCAGGCCCAGGUUCUGGUGGCUCGGUUCUGGGAAACCUAUGAGGAACUGGAGCCAUGGUUGGGCGAGACCGAGGCCCUCAUCGCUCAGCUGCCGCCACCAGCCAUCGACACAGACGCUCUCCGACUGCAACAAGACCAGAUGAGGCUGCUCAGGGAGUCUAUUGCAGAGCACAAGCCCCACAUUGACAAGCUGCUGAAGAUCGGACCCCAGCUGGCCGAGCUCAGCCUCCAGGAGGGGGCGACAGUGACGCAGCGCUACACCGAGGCCGAGAGACGCUACCUGGCAAUCAAAGAAGAGGUGAAGGGUCGUGCUACGGCGCUAGACGAGGCAGUGUCCCAGUCUGCACAGCUGGUAGAGUUUCACGACAAGAUGGAUCCCCUGUUGGAGACCCUGGAGGGGGCGGUGCAGCGGCUGCGGCAGCCUCCGCCGGUGGCAGCGGAGGUGGAGAAGAUCAGGGAGCAGCUGGCAGAGCACCGAGCCCAGGGGCUGGAGCUGGACAAACUGCUGCCAAGCUUCUCCGCCCUCUGUGCCCGCGGAGAGGAGCUCAUUGGACGAGCUGCGCACGACGAUCCUGCAGCUCAGGCUGUUCGUUCCCGCCUCCUGCGCCUGCGCUCUCUGUGGGAUGAGAUCCGGCAGCGAGCAGAGGAGAGGGAGGGGAAGCUGAACGACGUCCUGGACCUGGCCGGGAAGUUCUGGGCCGACAUGGCGGCGCUACUGAGCACGCUCAGAGACUCCCAAGAUAUUGUGAGAGACCUGGAAGACCCUGGUGUGGACCCCUCUCUCAUCAAGCAGCAGAUUGAGGCUGCUGAGGCCAUCAAGGCAGAGACAGACGGCCUGAGGGAGGAGCUGGAGUUUGUCAGGACCCUCGGGGCUGACCUCAUCUUUGCCUGUGGAGAAACUGAGAAACCUGAAGUCAAGAAAACCAUUGAUGAGAUGAAUGGUGCCUGGGAGGGCCUGAAUCGGACAUGGAGAGAGAGGAUGGAGAGACUGGAGGAGGCCAUGACGGCCUCUGUGCAGUAUCAGGACGCACUGCAGUCUAUGUUCGACUACCUGGACAAUGCAGUGAUCAAACUGUGUGACAUGUCCACUGUGGGAACUGACCUGGGAACUGUCAAACAGCAGAUUGAAGAGCUCAAGCAGUACAAGGUGGAGGUUUACCAGCAGCAGAUUGACAUGGAGAAGCUGUGCCACCAGGGGGAGCUGUUGUUAAAGAAAGUGUCAGACCAGACAGACAGGGACAUGAUCCAGGAGCCACUGACCGAGCUCCGCCACCUCUGGGACAACCUGGGGGAUAAAAUCACCCAGAGACAGCACAAGCUGGAGGCUGCCCUGCUGGCUCUGGGUCAGUUCCAGCAUGCCCUGUCUGAGCUGCAGGCCUGGCUGAGCCACACACACACCACCCUGGACACACAGCGACCAGUCAGCUCUGACCCCAAGGCCAUCGAAAUCGAGCUGGCUAAACACCACGUUUUACGUAACGAUGUGCUGUCCCAUCACGCUACGGUGGAGACCGUGAACAGUGCUGGCAGCGAGCUGCUCGAGUCCUCCCCUGGCGAUGAAGCCAGCCACUUGAGAGAUCAGCUGGAUCAGCUUAACCAGAGCUGGGAGAGCCUGCUGCUCAAGACGCAGGAGCGACAGAAACUACUGGAGGCUGCCCUGCAGCAGGCUGAAGGUUUCCAUGGUGAGCUGGAGGAGUUCCUCCAGUGGCUGAGGAGGACGGAGAGUCAGCUGUCUGCCGCCAAACCAACAGGUGGUCUCCCUGAAACAGCCAGGGAGCAGCUACAGCAGCACAUGGAGCUUCAGGGCCAGCUGACUCAGCGAGCAGACCAGUACCAUCGCCUGCUGGAUCAAGGAGAGUCCAUGCUGCUGGCUCGAGGAGGAGAGGAAGCAGGACCCGGUACCACCCAGACCCAGCAGAACCUGGCCAUGCUGCAGAACAAGUGGGCCAGCCUCAACACUAAGAUGGACGACCGUAGGGCAAAGCUGGACGAGGCUGUUUCCUUGGCAACAGGUUUCCAGACUUCUCUGCAGGACACCAUCAACUGGCUGACCCAGGCUGAGCAGACCCUGAACAUGGCGCAGCCCCCCAGCCUCAUCCUGGACACCGUUCUCUUCCAGAUUGAUGAGCACAAGGUCUUUGUGAAUGAGGUGAACACCCACAGAGAGCAGGUCCUGGCUCUGGAGAAAGCCGGAUCUCAGCUUCGCUUCGCCAGCCUGAAGCAGGAUGUGGUUCUCAUCAAAAACCUGCUGCUCAGCGUCCAGGCUCGCUGGGACAAGUUGGUCCAGAGGUCGCUGGACCGCGGCCGACACCUCGAUGAGGCUCGUAAACGAGCCAAACAGUUCCACGAGGCCUGGAGGAAGCUGACAGACUGGCUGGAAGAAGCCGAGAAAAGACUGGACUCAGAGCUGGAGAUCUCCAACGAGCCUGACAAGAUCAAAGUACAGCUGGCCAAACACAAGGAGUUUCAGAAAGCUCUGGGCUCAAAGCAGCCUGUUUACGACACAACAGUGAGGUCUGGGAAGGCCAUGAGGGACAAGGCUCAGCUGCCUGCGGACACCCAGAAACUGGAUCACCUGGUAGGGGAAGUCCGUGACAAGUGGGACACCGUCUGUGGCAAGAGCGUGGAGAGACAACACAAGCUGGAGGAGGCCCUGCUGUUCUCAGGCCAGUUUGCGGAGGCUCUUCAGGCCCUUGUUGAUUGGUUGUACCGGGUGGAACCUCAGCUAGCUGAAGAUCAGCCUGUCCAUGGAGACCUGGAUCUGGUGUCCAACCUCAUGGACUCACAUAAGGCUUUCCAAAAAGAGCUGGGUAAGAGAACCAGCAGCGUUCAGGCUCUGAAGCGUUCGGCUCGGGAGCUGAUGGAGACCGGUCGCGAUGACACGGCGUGGGUCAAAGUUCAGCUUCAGGAGCUCAGCAACCGCUGGGACACAGUAUGUGCCCUGUCAGUCACCAAGCAGACCCGCCUCCAGCAGGCCCUCAAACAGGCGGAGGAGUUUCGUACAGCGGUGCAGGUGCUCCUGGAGUGGCUCUCGGAAGCGGAGCAGACGCUUCGUUUCCGUGGCGUCCUCCCCGAAGAGGCGGAGACUCUGCAGGCGUUGCUGCACACACAUCGUGACUUCAUGGGCACGGUGGAGGAGAAGAGGGCGGAUGUGAACAAGGCUGCUGGCAUGGGAGAGGCCAUCCUGACUCUGUGUCACCCUGACUCCAUCACCACCAUCAAACACUGGAUCACCAUCAUCAGGGCGCGUUUCGAGGAGGUGCUGACGUGGGCGAAACAGCACGAGCAGCGGCUGGAGACGGCUCUGGCCGAGUUGCUCAACAAUGCCAACCUGCUGGAGGAGCUGUUGUCAUGGCUACAGUGGGCCGAGACCACACUGGUCCAGAGGGACACAGAGCCGCUUCCUCAGGACAUCCCACAACUCAAAUCACUCAUCACAGAACACCAGAUGUUUAUGGAGGAGAUGACGAGGAAGCAGCCGGACGUGGACAAAGUGACAAAGACGUAUAAGAGAAAACCAGCUGAGGCUCCCAGCAGCCUGGCGGAGAGGAGAGGAGCCCGCAAGCAACAGCAGCAGCAGCAGCAGACAGCGAUGCAGGUUUCUGGAGGAAACCCACGACUCACCCAGCUCUGUGCCAGGUGGCAGCAAGUUUGGCUGCUGGCUCUCGACCGCCAGCGCAAACUCAACGAUGCUCUGGACAGGCUGGAGGAGCUCAAAGAGUUUGCCAACUUUGACUUUGACGUGUGGAGGAAGAAGUACAUGCGCUGGAUGAACCAUAAGAAGUCUCGUGUCAUGGACUUCUUCAGACGCAUCGACAAGGACCAAGACGGAAAGAUCACGCGGCAGGAGUUUAUCGACGGCAUCCUGGCUUCAAAGUUUCCCACAAGUAAGCUGGAGAUGACGGCGGUGGCAGACAUCUUUGACAGAGAUGGAGACGGUUACAUCGACUACUACGAAUUUGUUGCUGCUCUUCACCCCAACAAAGACGCUUACAGACCAACCACUGACGCAGACAAGAUAGAAGAUGAGGUGACUCGGCAGGUGGCCCAGUGUAAAUGUGCCAAGAGGUUCCAGGUGGAGCAGAUAGGAGAGAACAAAUACCGGUUCUUCCUCGGAAACCAGUUCGGUGACUCUCAGCAGCUGCGCCUGGUGAGGAUUUUGCGCAGCACGGUGAUGGUGAGAGUCGGAGGCGGUUGGAUGGCUCUGGACGAGUUUCUGGUUAAAAACGAUCCAUGCAGAGUGCAACAUCCAGGACUUAAGAUUCUCCGCUCCGAUUCCAGUAGCUCCAUCUCAUCUCGUAUAGCUCGUGGUCGAACCAACCUGGAGCUGAGGGAGAAGUUCAUCCUUCCUGAAGGAGCGUCUCAAGGUCUGGCCGCAUUCCGCUCCCGGGGCCGACGCUCUAAACCAGGCUCCAGAAACGCCUCCCCCACCCGCUCCUCCUCCUCUGCCUCCCACAGCGGCGCCUCCAUCCCCUCUGCUCCCUCCGCCCCUGCCACACCGACAGCCUCCGCAUCAUCCAGGUCCUCCCAUACUCACUCGCGUGACUAUGCCAAGCCCUGGCUGGCACACAGUAAAACUCCAACGCCAACCAAGUGCCACUGCUGCCCAGAUCUCGGUCACAGCCACACCACUCCUGGGCACGAGGGGGCGGCGUCGGGGUCCAAACUGAAGAGGCCGACCUUCCACUCGAGCAGAGGGUCGCUGACCGGAGAGAACGGAGGAACGACACACACCAGCAAACCAGGACGAACGGAUCCAAAGCGAGGAGCGAGCGGUCCAACCAGCCGAGCCGGCAGCCGGGCGGGCAGCAGAGCCAGCAGUCGCCGCGGCAGCGAUGCCUCAGACGCAUCAGAGCUCCAGGACACUCGCUCCGUCUGCUCUGACACCUCAGAUACCCCGAGACGACCGGGCAGCGGGGCCAAACCCUCCAAGAUCCCCACCAUCUCCAAGAAGGCCCCCAGCCCUAAGACCCCAGGGUCGGCAAAGAAAUAACACCAGCCACAGAGAAACUGGAGCAGAACCGUUACACCUCCUUUCACAGAGGGUGGACUGCUAUCGUCGGCCAUCUUGAGUGUACCAGCUCUUCAAUCUGAACGUCCAUCCGUAGGGCUUGUAUUGAAAUUGUGCACUAUGACUGAUAUUUAUCAGGGGAAAGGAGGAGAUGGAUGAGUGAAUCUCCUUCUCACUCUUUCCCCAUUUUUAAGAAAAAUGCCUGAAAACAUGCACAAGAGGAGAAAGAUUCUGGUCUGGCAGUCCCAGGCCAGAGUCUGUGAGGGCGAAACCGACUUCCCCCUUUAAGACUUGACCCCAGUUUGCCUUCCAGUCUCCUGCUUCUUUCAAAAGUUCCCCACCAGCGUGGAACCAAACACCAACUGACUUGACGUGAUGCUGCCUUACUUUGUGUUACACACUUCUGUCCCGAUCAGACAGAGCGACACAGAGAGUCUUUAAACUGCUUUAUACCGCACGGACACACAAAUACACACAUUUUAACUCAGAGGCGGGGUAGGGAGUGGGACGCACCACCACCACCACCACGGCUACAAAAACAAAAAAAGCUCAAAAGACAUUCAGGAAAAAAAAGAAAAGAAUUGUGGGUUAUUAUUUUGGCUUGUGGGCCAGAUGCCUCAACGAUGAGUUAAAAAAGAAAAUAUGCAACGACUGCCAUGUCGCUUCCUCUGGACUGGUUGGCGAGAAAAAGAGUCACCUCAGCAGAUCUGCAGAGGCAGACGCCGCGUGUGGAGAGCUCAGGAGGCGGGAAACGCUGUCACACACACACACAUGCACACGCACACACACACACACCGGCUAACCUCAGACUCAGAGGAUCGGUGGUGACGGUGGCGGUGGUGCAGCUGCUGCAGCUGAGGGCAAACAGUCACACACUCAAACACCGCAGAGCAGACUCCUCCCGACCGCUGGAACGUUAAGAUCGGCCUCGUGUGUGCAUUUCAGCAAAGGGCGGUGUGGUUCUGUCACAUGCCGGCGUAACAAUCUGACACACAAAAAUCACAAACUGGCAAGAGAAAGGACUGUUUUUAUGGUGACACACUCAACUAACAGCACAUUACUGACAAUAUACGACAUGUGUAACCUAACCCGAUGUUAAUGCCCGUGUUCACGGAGUUUGACAACCAGCAUGCACUAAUUGUCUCUUCCUCUGCAGUUCCACCUUAAUGUCUACACUGCGUUGCCCUUAGCAACCCAGCAGCACACACACACACACAAAGUGGUGUGUAUUGUGAGUGUCUGUUUAAGGAUAUAAUAGAGGUCAUUGACUUGAGUCACUGUAUGCAAAAUUUUAAUUUGCGAAUGUCAUUUUUCUUCUCGUUGUUUUCCGGUUAAUUUAUAAUCCAGUUGUACUUUUGUUUUCUAGCUUGAAAGAAAAAUCUAUUUAUUUUUCAGUUUCAUGUCAUAUCACCAUUGGCAGAGAGUGAUUUAGUAUUAUGGUUAAAAGAAAUUGUGAUUUUUUGUACCAAGGAAAUGUCCACUCUGCUCUUUGACAUUAUGUGUGUGUGUAAAGUGUGUUUCUACUUCAUUGUAACAUUUACAUUAUUCACUAGGUCGCUGAUUCUAGUGGCAGCCUUGUUUGUUCAUUUUCUUCUUUUUUGCUAAUGACUAUAAUUCCCAGAACAUGACCAAAGGGGUUUGCCCUUCAUGUGUAGAGAGAACUACAAAUAUGAAUGACAGGAGUCCUGGGCAGAGCGGACCAAUGAGAGCGGGGUUUCCUCCCUCAUGUCCCUCCCCAGCGUCUCUUCUUCUAGGCUUUUUUUCAAAUGUCCCGUCAUUGACGGGGCCGAGUUGUCUCUGUGUUAUCUCAGUGUAAGAGAUGAAGUUUAUUAAAACGAAUUAAAUUACAGUAAGAAAGAAAACAUCUUAAGGUGAUUUUUAUUUAUUUAUUGUCUCUGAUGGGGGAUUCGGGGCGAAGGAGACGAGUCCGCCACCUUUUGAUGCUGUGCUACUCUCAGUGUGAUGAUGAGAACAUGCAGGGAGGGAG